CGUACACUAUUCCGUAAUCGUUCGCUGACCAUAAACAGAGGCGAUCUGAUUCUUAUUACGGGUCCAUCCGGAGUUGGAAAAUCUCAAUUUUUGCGUUUACUAGCCGGAUUGGUUCCGUUAGAAGGAGAGCCAUCCAGCGUUACUGGAGGCACUACUUCCGAUAUUCAACUACACAGUGUUUCCUUUCGUGAUCAUGACGUCCCUUUAUGGAGACAAAAGGUACGGUACGUGAAUCAAGCCAAAACGGACAUUUCGGGCACCCCGAAGGAUUGGUUGGCCCGCAUGACUACUUUUCAAAGCUACCGCGGUGACGACGAGAAGGCAACCACUACCACUCUUUCCUCUCGGUGCCAGCAAGUGAUCGCAACGACCGCACAAUGGCUGCGAACCUGGGACAUGGACGUGUCUUUGUUGGAUCAGGACUGGAAGGCCUUGUCGGGAGGUGAAUCGCAGAGAGUCGGGAUCGCGAUCGCGCUGGCGUCCCAACCGGAUGUUUUGUUACUGGACGAGGCGACGGCCGCAUUGGAUGGCGUCGCGAAACAAAAAGUUGAAGCCUCGUUAGUACAAGUCCUCAAAGACGUGACGGCGCACAUGAGCAUUGUUUGGAUUACGCACGAAUCGGAGCAAAUUGGGCGACUG